AUGCAGAAGACUGCCCCUGCUGUUUCAUACUCAAAUGCUGGAGGAUACAACUACUACAACAGUAGCAAUAUUAUUGUUACGGCUUUCUCACAUGACUACAAGACCGGAUGUAUGUUUUUUGCCCUUCCACGGAGAAGUCCUGGAGUUCCUGCAACAGUUGCAUUUUUCAAUUCAAGGGACUUUAAUCGGAAUGAUUCGCCUCAUCUUAGAGCAUUUCCAACUUAUGAAGACAAUUACGUUCCGGGAUGGUUUGGUGUUAACGAUUUACGGAAAGAUGAUUACAAGUACGACAUUUAUCCGGAUUCAAGAAUAGUAAAAAGAAAUGUUGAUUUUGAUAGCAAGGACGAAGAGACAUACGAUCUAGGGGUCAAGAUACCACAAUAUGGAGUUGAAUACUACAGACCUUCUUUCGACGAUUACACACCAGAUUUCAGCUAUGGCGAUUACAAUCCUAGUCUGAAUUAUACCUUUGACACUGAAACCGAAGAUGAAGAUGACGAUACCAGGACGAAUAUGCGUAAGCCAUCUUACGGAACUGAAUACUACAAACCUCCGUCUGGUCAUUUUAAACCAAGUUAUCAACAUGUUUCUCAAAUCGUACGUCCUAUUUAUGUACCAACCAGACCAAUAAUAAUUUCAACCACAACAGAAUCAACAACUUCAACAACUAAACGUACACGGCCUACUACAACGACUGCAACAACUAAACGUACAUGGCCUACUACAACAACGAAACGUCCACGACCUACUACACCACCAACAACAAAACCUACAACUCAGUCACCUCGAAGAAGUUCCUAUCAUUUUAUAUCUGUCUACAACAGCAAUUUUAUUGAUCAUUGCUCCCGACUAUUCUUCCUGGACAUGGGCUUUAUCGAAUAUAUAGAAGGAAAUAUAUUUAUUCGAAGACCCGCCCUAUGGGCAUUCGAUGUAGAUGGAUGUGAUGAAAGAUCUUUUGAUCAACUUCCUGUGCUUAAGGUUACACUACCAGAUUAUGUUGUGAAUGAUGCUUCAGGACUGUACGAUAUGGUUGUGGAUGUUUACGGAACAUGCAACGAAUUUGCAGUAUAUAUCGCAAGUACCAAGGACAACCGUCUUAUCGUCUUUGACAGUGUAAAAAGAAGCUUCUGGUAUUUUAAGCACGAAACAUUCAAACCAGGAGCAGAAAGGCCAUACCUUUUAGACUUCAUACCACCUCCAGAUCCUUUCAAUUUUGGUCUUUUGGGACUUGCACUUGGAAGUACAACUAAAUAUACAUAUAGAAAUGUAUUUUAUGCUCCUGGUUCAAGCUUAGGUCUCUUCAAGACUUCUACAGAAGUUCUUAGGGACAAAUUUAAGGCCCCAGGAAAUCCUACAUCUUCUGAUUUUUCAUACAUCGGCUAUCGCGGUCAAGAAAGCCAAUUGAAUAUGGUUUAUGAUGAAAAAAACAAAGUUCUCUUCUUUAUCCAUUUGCUCACCAACAGUGUUAAGUGCUGGAAUACAAAUACUCAUCUGAAGGAAGGUAAUGUCGUAACAUUAUUUACUGGCCUUCAGUAUGGAAUGUACAUCGAUAUAGAUGGUGAAAGGAACCUUUGGUUUUUGAUGCUCAAUGCAGAUAUACUAUUGGGUGGGAAUAAUCCAAUACUUUCUAAUGUUUUUUAUGGGCUCUAUCGUGUAUCUGUUGAUGAUAUUAUUAGGGGUACAGCUUGUAAUUAUAAAGGGUAG